ACCGAUGCCGGUGAUAAAAAAGGGCAGAUCUGGGGAUCAGAACGAGGGUUUGCCAGGUUUGCUCGAGUCUCCUUCUUCUCCCUUCGAUCCGCUCAGAUGGACUGGCAAGGGCAGAAGGGCGCGGAGAUUGUGAUGCAGAUCAUGCUCGUCGUGUUCGCGAUCGCUGGUUUGGGGACCGGAUACACCAUCGGCUCCUUUCCGACGAUGAUGCUUACAUUCGCCGGUGGAGUCGUGCUUACCGCACUGAUCACUGUGCCCAACUGGCCCUUCUUCAAUCGCCACCCCUUGAAGUGGCUGGAUCCGAGUGAAGCAGAACGCCAUCCGAAGCCGCAGGUCGAUGUUGCUGCUGCCUCCAAGAAGAAGGCACCCAAGCACAAAUAGCAGUAGGUCUUCUAGCAUUCAGUUGACAUCGUUCAAGUUAAGGUUGCGGAAAUGCUUUAGUCUAAUGCUUUCCAAGGUAUUGUCUCAAAGGACUUUAUUCUCAUAUAUGCUUAAUUAAUUAUAAUUUUGAAGGAAUUUAUUAUUUUC